GGUCAGGAGAAUAUGAUGUUGAGCACAAUGUGACAGCAGACAGUGGAUCCAGUCUUACAAGACAGCAGUGUCACAGCUGGAGAAUACAAAGCCUUAAUCUGCCCAGUUCACAUGCCUGUGAUUUGGCUCGGAUGCUGCCCCCUGUAGCAGAAACUAAAGAUAGAACUUAUUCUGUUACGGAGUAUGAUGAGUCCAUGCUGCUUAGGCUGUUGGAACUACCACAUACAUGGGACAAUCUUCAUGGUCAUCAAUCUCUUAGUGGCAGACAGAAGAAGAAAAGUCAUCAUGGAAAGCACACUACUGUGUUGUCGUCUUUGUUGGCAAGGUACUCAGUUUGUGAUACGCAUGCUACUUCAUCUGAAGCACAGUCAAGUCUGAGUGAUCCACUAACAAACCAGCUAACGUCAGGAUUAAACCAUAAUAGAAACAGGAAGAAAUGUAAGAAAACAUUUGUACCUGAUAAUCUUUGA